AUGAGGAUCAUGCUUUGGAAUUGCCAAGGAGCAACAAGCUCGGCUUUUAAAGGUCAUUUCUUGAAUUUUAUUCGUGAAUUUCACCCUUCUGUUGUGGCUAUGUUCGAAGCGCGAAUUAGUGGUUCCAAUGCAGACCGGGUUAUUAGUUCUCUUGGGUUUGAUCGAUCUUUCAAAGUGGAAGCUCAGGGAUUUCGAAGAGAUAUCUGGCUCAUUUGGAAGGUGAAUGUUGAGGUGAACAUUAUUCAUAUGUCUAACCAAUCUAUUAAUAUGGAGGUUCAGUUCCAAUUUACGACUGUUUAUGCGAGUCCUUCUAAAGCGAGACGGUCGAAUCUUUGGCAGCAUAUUGGGAAUAUUAACCUUAGAAACGGAAUUCCUUGGCUCAUCGGAGGUGAUUUUAAUGUUAUCCUGUCUGCCGAUGAGCGUCGUGGUGGAGCCUUAGUUCAUAAUUGUGGCAGUAAGGCUUUCUCGGAAUUUUCUUUUUGCAAAUGGGGUAAUCUUUAUCAAGGGCUGGACAGGUGUGUUGGUAAUUCUAUUUGGACAGCUACUUUCCUUGAUGUUCAUGUGUUGCAUCUUGAUAGUUUGGGCUCGGAUCACCAACAUUCCUUGUCCUUAGUUUCGUUAUUGAAAAAACUUAAUUUAGAACUGGAGUCUGUUAUGGAUCAAGAAGAGUCCCUAUGGCGUCAGAAAGCUUGUUCGCGAUGGAUUUUGCAAGGGGAUCGGAAUACUAAGUUUUUUCAUACUUCGGUGGUGAGGCGAAGGUGUGCUAAUCGUAUUUCCGCUCUCAAGAGAAAUGAUGGGAGUUGGUGA